UUGAAUAUCUCGAGGAACUCAAGUCGUGGGAUUGGACGUUUGGUCAAACCCCAGAGUUCACACACGAGUUCGAACAGAGUUUCACAUGGGGUCAUAUGAAAGCGUUCAUCAAAUCUAGAGAUGGAAUUAUAACCGCGGUUACGUUAACUCCUUCAAAUAUUGAAUAUGAAAACUUAUCGGCCAUACUCGAAGACUCUUUGGAGGGUAACAAGUAUGACGACGAAGGAAUAACCCAAGCAGUAUCCAAAUCUCUAGUUGAUGUUCAGUUAUCAAAUACCAGUUCUAAUGGUGUCAUUACUCCAUCGACCUCCUCAUUGAUCCGUAAUCCUCAUGAAAUACUCAUGGAUAUUGGAAAUUGGAUUGUAAAGUCCUUAUGA